UUCAGUUUCGUGAUAGUUUUGACAGUGAUAAACAAAGUAUACGACUUUUGAAUAUCGCGAGAUUCGUAGGUAAAACAUAAAUUCAUUUUUUAAUCGACUUUGUCCUUGGCGUCGCCGUCGGAGCUUCUUAAACUCCCUAUUAUAAACACCUCAUAUCCAACAAGGGCGAAUGGAAUCAUUGCUUUAUUAAAUUCUUCAAUCAACUGGAUGAUGUGGACAUUUUAGUGGUGCAAUAUAAAAUUGCGUGGCUAUUUUGUUCUGGUGCUUUGUUCUAUGCUCUGAUUACAGUGCUUGUAUUCGAGCUUAAUUUUUUUUUUUUUUCAGACAAACUAUCCCUAGAGCAUGACAACUUAAUUUAUACUAGUUCGUAGACGUUUUCGGGCUUUCAAACAAAAAGCGGACAUUGCUAUCCUCCAGUGAUCAUAUACCGUUUUUUUUUUUCUGUGUAUAUGUUUUUUAUCACGAUCCAAGAAGAAUUCUGCACAUAGUAGGUAGCAAAUAUUUACUCCAUGCUAAACACAAAGACAAUCGGUAGGAAAAGUAAAACGACAGUGAAAACUCUUGCUGACCUACUGGGAUUUAACGUCCUGUCACGACAAACUUAGUAUAACCUUAGUGAAACAAGGUUAAUUAGAACAUGAACUUAAAACAAUAAUUCGCACCUUAGUAGUUUACAUAUCUAAAUCCCUUACUCGUAAUAAAGUUCUUGAACAGAAAGCACUUGUAGAAUAUAUUUCAAGUAAAUCUUAGAGUAACGGCUUCGUAAAUUUGGAGUCACGGCUUCUAACCAGGCCGAUAUACGGCUUAGACAGAAACGUGAUCAUAGAGGGAGAUUCAUGAACUAAAAGAAAAUUAAUUACACGUUAGCCAUUUCUGUCAACAUGGUAAAAGAAUCCCCCUAUUGGUCCUAUUGUGUUCUUUUCUGUUUGUAAAUUAAAGCAAACACAAAACAGAACAGCUUGAUAAUGAGAAUCAACUUAAGCUUGGCUGCUUUUGUCUCUGAUAAAUUUCCUGCCUUAAUUUAACGACCACAGCUGGACAGCUAAGUAAACGGAUCAUAUUUUCUCGGGCAAUCGGUUUGUUUUUUCAAAAUCAACGAAUUGCUCGCUUUUUAGACUUUUGUGUAAUCUUACAUCGUUUGGUUUGAGCUCGCCUGCCGCAAGUGAAUUGAUAGAGGCUUUUCGUUCAUAAUUCAUCGAUCAACCAUGUGACAUGAAAUAUCAAGUCAGGAUACACCAUGCUACAAAACCAAACACUCGGCUUACUGUCCAUAUUUGUUUCAAUCACCGCUGGUUAUGAAGAUUGCAUCACUGUUUCCUCCAUUAAAGACUACUCUCUGAUUGGUCACUCUUAUAAGACAACAUCCGGGAAAUCUCUUAUGACUUGUAUCAUCUCGUGUGACCAGGACACAAACUGCUAUAGCUUCAAUUACAAGUUUCCCGCCAAAACGUGCGAGCUGAACAACGUGACUCGAUCUCUACAUCCUCUAGAAUUUGUCACCUCCUCCGGUGCUAUUUAUUUUGACCACCCGUCCCGUCCCUCGGGAUCAUGCUCGGGUGACCGGCCGUGUAAAAACAAGGGGAAGUGCAUGAAUGUCGCAAGAGCCCCAGGAUAUAAAUGUGAAUGUCAGCAUGACUACACAGGAGAUAAGUGUGAAGUUUGCAGUUCUCCUCCCCUAGGAAUGCAAGAUGGUCGGAUCCUAAAUCAUCAAUUAACUGCCUCAUCAGAUGGAAUGUGGAUAAUAACUCUCCAGUCUUUUAAAGCCAAGGAUGCCCGUCUGAGGCACCAGUCACUUUCCUGGGUCAGUGCUAUUUUGGAUUUUAGUCCAUGGUUACAAGUCAGCUUUGCGCCUGAAAUCAAAAUUAUCAGCGGUAUUGCUACUCAGGGAAACCCGUCACAUGACUGGUGGACUACAAGCUACACCCUGAAAUAUAGCAUGACGGGAAAAAUAUGGCGGGAUUAUGAAAAAGAAGGGUUUGAAGUGGUACGCAAGACACUUAUUAUGAAGACUGAUCAUCACGUGAUCAUUUCCUCUCAAUUGCAGGUUUUCCUUGGUAACUCAGACGUCAAUUCGGUUGUGAAACACGCCAUCUCGCCAUCUAUCAAGGCAUCAUUCAUACGAGUUGUUCCUCUUACUAAAUACGGCCGUUCUGCUUUACGAAUCGAGCUUUAUGGCUGCGAUUUUAUUAAUGAGUGAAUAGACUGCAAUGGAAUACAUUGGAGAAGAACAGAUUAGAACAGGGCAGUACAUAGUAAAGUAGUGUAGAACAGUGUAAAAAGAGCAGACUACGAUAGAGUUAAGUGGAGUGGUAAAGAGUACGGUAGAGUAGAGUAGAGUAGAGUAUACGUAGAGUAGAGUA